ACGAUUGCAUUAGUUAAAGACAGAUUUUAAGAGAGGGCUCGACUAACAUAACAGUCCGUAUGUUGAGUGCAAUGUUCUAUCUGAUUAAUCUCUUAAAAUGUAUAUAAUUUUUGUAAGGCUGCAUUUCCUUUGACCAACAUAGCAGAAGCAGUCAUACGAACAUCCCAUAAAUAUACAUCGCUGUAUUGAGCAGUGAAGCGUCGGUGUAAACUCGGGAAUUUUAAAAUGGAGUCUUUGGGUGUUGUUAAACACAUUUUGCUGGCGAAAUUCAAGGCAGACAUUACACCUGAAAGAACUGAAGAUCUCAUCAAAGGAUACGCAAACCUCGUUACUCUCGUUGAGCCCUUGAAAUCUUUUCAAUGGGGAGAGGAUGUUAGCGUUGAAAAUCAGCAACAAGGCUUCACACACGUUUUUGAAUGUACAUUUGACAAUAUUGAAGGUCGUGAUGCCUAUCUAGCCCAUCCCACUCACGUAGAAUUUGCUAAUCAGAUACUACCAGCAAUGGACAAAUUUAUUAUUAUUGAUUAUAAGCCAAUGCGCUUUAUCUGAAGGUGGGAGUUAUAUGUGUUAGGAAUGUUAACAUUAUUAGGUUUGUUAUAGUUUGUUAAAAUAUCAUGUGAGGAAUAAUAUAGUAGUCGUGCAAAUAUUUGUUUGUAUUGUGAGUUGUUAAACCAACUUAUCUAUGUAAAGGAGUAGUUAUAGGAGGUAGAACAACCCUCCUAUAAUAUAAUAUAUUCAUUUUUUAAUAAAUAUGUAAUUUGUAUUGAAUGAAUAAAAUACAGAACAGUAUUAUUUGUGUUAAAUUGGUAUUCUGAAAUUCAACAAUGAAAGAGUAUAAGGUUGAGCUUUCACAAAGUUUGAGAUA